CGCUAUGCUUCGUAUACGGCUGUGUCUUGAUUUGCGGUAUCACGUAUGAAACUGAAGUGGACACAACCGCCAGCUCACUCCUCCACGUCACGCUCCUGCGGCGACGCUCCCCAAGCGAGCUGGGAGCCUGCCUCGCAAUCUCCGCCACCCCAUCGAAGAAGGUUGUCACGCGCCACCGCAUCUCCCUCCACUCCCCCGCCACCGCCACCGCCAUGGCCGCCGCCGCGCACUCCCUCCUGCACCCACCAGCGGCCCGCAAGGGCGCCGCGCCCUCGCCCCUCUCCCAUCCCUCCCCUUCCCCCUUCCUCCGCUUCCCGGCCGCCACGCGCCCCCGCCUACCCCACCUCCACCGCCUCCGCUCCGCCUCCCCGGCCGCCGCCUCCGACCUCACCGCCUUCCCCAACCCGAACGGCAUCCUCGCGCCCAUCGACGUGGACGCCGCCACGGAGGCCGAGCUGCGGGAGAACGGGUUCCGGAGCACGCGCCGCACCAAGCUCGUCUGCACCGUGGGCCCGGCCACCUCGUCCCCGGAGCAGCUCGAGGCGCUCGCCGUCGGCGGGAUGAACGUGGCGCGCGUCAACAUGUGCCACGGGGACCGGGAGUGGCACCGGGGCGUCAUCCGCGCCGUCAGGAGGCUCAACGAGGAGAAGGGCUUCGCCGUCGCCGUCAUGAUGGACACCGAGGGUAGCGAGAUCCACAUGGGGGACCUCGGCGGCGCGGCCUCGGCCAAGGCGGAGGUGAGGUGCCUGUAUGAUGGAGAAGUCUGGACAUUUAGCGUUAGAGCAUUUGAAUUGCCUCUCCCAGAACGAACUAUUAAUGUGAACUAUGAUGGGUUCGCUGAAGAUGUGAGAGUUGGUGAUGAGCUUCUUGUGGAUGGUGGAAUGGCUCGAUUUGAGGUGAUUGAGAAGUUAGGACCUGACGUUAAGUGUCGCUGCACGGAUCCUGGUUUAUUGUUGCCACGUGCGAAUCUUACAUUCUGGCGUGAUGGCAGUAUUGUCCGUGAGAGGAAUGCUAUGCUUCCUACAAUUUCAUCAAAGGAUUGGCUUGACAUAGACUUUGGAAUUGCCGAAGGUUGUGAUUUCAUCGCCGUUUCAUUUGUCAAGUCUGCAGAAGUAAUUAAACAUUUGAAAAGCUACAUAGCUGCAAGGAGUCGUGGCAGUGAUAUAUCAGUCCUUGCGAAAAUUGAGAGCAUUGACUCUUUAAAGAACCUGGAGGAGAUCAUCCGAGCAUCAGAUGGUGCCAUGGUAGCCAGAGGGGAUAUGGGGGCACAGGUUCCCUUAGAGCAGGUCCCCUCAAUACAGCAAAAGAUAGUUCAACUGUGCAGGCAGCUCAACAAGCCAGUCAUUGUUGCUUCUCAGCUCCUCGAAUCAAUGAUCGAGUAUCCUACACCCACAAGGGCUGAAGUUGCUGAUGUUUCUGAAGCUGUCCGCCAGCGUGCGGAUGCUCUAAUGCUUUCUGGUGAGUCAGCAAUGGGGAGAUAUCCAGAGAAGGCUCUUAGUGUUCUUAGGAGUGUUAGCCUCAGGAUUGAGAAGUGGUGGCGGGAGGAGAAGCGCCAUGAGGCACUGGAACUUCAAGGAGUUUCAUCUUCCUUCUCUGACAAGGUAUCAGAAGAAAUCUGCAAUUCGGCAGCUAAAAUGGCUAACGGCUUGGGAGCAGACGCCGUUUUUGUUUUCACGAAGACUGGCCACAUGGCCUCCCUGCUCUCACGAUGCCGUCCUGAUUGUCCUGUUUUCGCCUUCACAACCUCGACAUCCAUCAGGAGGCGUCUGAACCUCCAGUGGGGGCUCAUCCCCUUCCGCCUUAGCUUCUCCGACGACAUGGAGAGCAACCUGAACCGCACCUUCUCCCUGCUCAAGGCCAGGGGCAUGAUCCAGUCAGGGGACCUGGUCAUCGCGCUCUCCGACAUGCUGCAGUCCAUCCAGGUGAUGAACGUACCCUAAGAAAGAGCCAUUUAUCUCCGCACUGCCCCGUCAUCUAUGAGAUGAUCAGAUGAGAUGGAAUACGUAUUUUAUCGGCACCUUGGAGGACAGUUCCUUGCACUGAAAAUUUUCACUUUCACCCUGUAUUAGAUGCUAGGCAUGACUAGAGAACGGUAGCAAUAAUUUGCGGCUUUCUGCCUGUUGUAAAACUGUUAUGCUGUUAUUGCUUCUAGGCUUUAUAGUCCGACCUUGGGGUGACUUUGAUGUGCAAGCUUGAGUCUCGCUGUGUUCCGUGAUGGGCUUAUAGGUAUGCAAAUCUUGCAUCCUGUUUGAAUUCA